AUGCAUUGGCUCACGCUGGAAGUCCUGACGACAAUCGGUGCGUGGGCUUUCGCUGUAGCAUCGAGCCCCUCCCCGGGCUGUGACUUCCACAAUGGCCUCUGUCCUCGGGACAAUAACUGGGAGGCGCUCGGGGCCAAGCUUUCGGACACAGCCAAGAUCUAUUACCCUGGGUCGAGCGGAUUUAAGAAUAUUACCACUCGCUGGUCGGUUCUGGAAGAGCCCAAGGUCAAUCUUGUUGUUGUUCCUGGCACUGAGGAUGAUGUUGCGGAGACGGUGAAAUUUGCAAACAAGAUGCAACUCCCCUUUCUCGCAUACAAUGGCGUUCACGGAGCUAUCACAUCCCUGGGAAAGAUGGAUCACGGCGUGGGCAUCUCCAUGAGCCAGCUGAGCGGUGUAAAAGUCAAUGCUGAUGGAAAAACCGCCACCAUUGCCGGUGGAACAAUGUCCAAGCUCGUCACAGACGAGCUCUGGGCCGCAGGAAAACAAACAGUGACCGGAGCCUGUGAAUGCGUCAGUCUUCUCGGGCCUGCCCUAGGCGGUGGACACGGCUGGCUUCAAGGCCAUCAUGGCCUCGUAGCAGACCAGUUUGUUUCGAUGAAAGUUGUUCUUGCAAAUGGCACUUUGACUACGGUUGAUGCGAGCUCUGACCUCUGGUGGGCGAUGAAAGGUGCCGGCCACAACUUCGGUAUCGUCACUUCUCUCACCACCAAGGUUUACGAUAUCGAGCACACCGACUGGGCGAUUGAAACUAUUACCUUCAGCGGGGACAAAGUGGAAGCCGUUUAUCAAGCCGCCAAUGACCACAUCAUCAAGAACGGCACUCAGCCCGUGGACGUAGUCAAUUGGUCGUACUGGAUGAACAACGCCGACGCGGAUCCCAAUAAUCCUGUCAUCGUGAUGUAUAUUAUCCAAGAAGGCGUCAAAGCUGUCGACUCAAUCUACACAAAACCCUUCCAUGACCUCGGCCCAAUCUCUGUAUCCCCAGACUCAGGAACCUACAAAGACCUCGCAGCCUGGACUGGCAUCACCAACUCAUCCCCACCCUGCCUGAAAAUCGGAAUGGCCAAUCCUCGCUUCCCCAUUUACCUCGAGUCCUACAACGUCGCCGCACAGAAGAAAGUAUGGGACAUCUAUGCCCCCGCUGUCCGCGGAUCUUCGCCAUUCAAUAACUCAAUCUUCAUGUUCGAGGGAUACUCCGCCGAAGGCGUACACGCGGUGCCUCACGAUUCCACUGCUUUUGCAUUCCGCAGUGAGAAUCUUCUUGUUGCGCCUCUUAUUAAUUAUUUCCCUGCUAAAGGACUUGAUAAGAAGGCUGCUGAUUUGGGACAGCGGCUGAGGAAUGUAUUGUUUGAGGCGAGUGGGAGAGAUGAGAUUGGGGCCUAUGUUAACUAUGCACAAGGGGAUGAGUCUACCGAGCAGAUGUAUGGUUCUGAGAAGUGGAGGCGGCAGAGACUCAGUGCACUGAAGAAGAAGUAUGAUCCUUUGGGUAGGUUCAGUUUCUAUGCGCCUAUUCUGGGAGCCUGA